UGGUUCGUGUGAGAUCUUCGUCUGCUCCCGUCUUUUUUACUUGUUGGUUUAAACUUCGAGAGCUCUCUUCCCUCUGUGUUGGACAUAUUCAUCCCUCUCGCUUAUUGAUUGCAUGUUUGGAUGAUUUGGGCUUACGCUCACUCUUUCCCCCCAACCAAGAGGUGGUUUUGAAGUAUUACACCUGCUCUAGAGAAAAUGUCAGAAGUAGAAGAGUAUCGCUGCUUUGUUGGUAGCCUUUCAUGGUCAACAACUGAUGGAAGUUUGAAGGAAGCAUUUCAGAAGUUUGGCCAUCUCACUGAGGCCAAGAUUGUUCUUGAUAAGUUUUCUGGUCGAUCUCGUGGGUUUGGCUUUGUCACGUUUGAUGCGGAGGAUGCUAUGGAAGAGGCUAUUGAAGCAAUGCAUGGAAUGAACCUUGAUGGGCGAUCUAUUACUGUUGAAAGAGCCCAACCUCAGGGUCCUGGUGGAAGGGAUCGUGAUUCAGGGCGUGACUUUGAUCGUGGUCGUGAUCGAGGCCAUGGUAGGGAUUUUGGUGGUGGUGGUGGGCGGGGUUCAAAUGGUAGUGACUGUUUUAAAUGUGGGAAGCCUGGUCAUUUUGCAAGGGAAUGCCCAUCUGGUGAUGGUGGAAGAGGGGAUAGGUACAGUGGCAGAGAUGAUUAUGGGGGUAGUCGUGGUGGUGGCAAUCGAUAUGGACCUGAUCGUAAUGGGGAUCGCUUCAGUUCUCGGAACAGAGAUGUGGUAAGCCGUGGUGGAGGUGGAGGUGAUCGUUAUAACCGUGAUAGAUCUGGUCCAUAUGAACGCCCUAAUGGUGGUGGGGGCUACAGAUCUUGAUUUAUUGCUGCUUGUUUUCAGUAUUAAAGCUAGUUUUCCAACAUUCCAACCUACAAAGGUGGUCGUGGGCCCUGGAUACCAGCUUCAAUGUAGUCAUCUACUAUUAUUUUCUACUGUGGAUUUGUUGAGUGCGCUACUCUUUGCCCGACUCAGUGCUUGAAUAUCACCCAGAUAUUAGUACUUUGUUUGAUAAUUGCCUUGUUCUUGGUGGAAAUCCCACUGCUUUUCAGUACAUUUGCUGUGUGCAUUGCCUAUAUGUGAAUCUAUGAUUUGAUAAGUCUUGACCUUGAUCU